AUGAACUUUGAGAGUGAAGAAGAGCAAUCUCAGGAUCAAAAUCAACAACCAGAACAAAGAUUACAGACAGCCAUCUGGCAGCAAGUCAAUGAAAUCGUCAAAGACCAAGUUGCUAGACAUUUGAGAAAGGAUGUCUCUGAGGCUUUUGUGGCUUCUUUGGCUGAGGUGGUGAUGACUCAAAUGCAAACUAUGGCAACUGAUCUCGAGGCAUUUGCAGUGUAA